CACUCGCUCGCGAGGAGUUUGGUUUUUCCGCGCGACCUUCGGCCGGGGGUGAGGCAAAAAAGGGACAGUCGUUACUAGAGAGGAGGCUAAGGAACAAGGGAGAGGAGCCAAGAUGCCGCGUAUUAUGAUAAAAGGAGGUAUCUGGAAGAACACGGAGGAUGAGAUUCUGAAGGCGGCUGUGAUGAAGUACGGCAAGAACCAGUGGGCACGUAUCGCUUCUCUCCUGCACAAGAAGAGCUCCAAACAGUGCAAGGCCAGAUGGUACGAGUGGCUGGAUCCAAGCAUCAAGAAGACUGAAUGGAGUAGGGAGGAGGAGGAGAAGUUGCUGCACCUGGCCAAACUGAUGCCGUGUCAAUGGAGGACCAUCGCUCCCAUUGUUGGCCGCACUCCUGCCCAGUGUCUGGAGCACUAUGAGAUGUUACUAACGAAGGCCCAGCAGAAGGAGGAGAGGUGGUGGACGACCCUCGUAAACUGAGGCCGGGUGAGAUCGACCCCAGCCCGGAGACCAAACCCGCCAGACCUGACCCCGUGGACAUGGAUGAAGAUGAGAAGGAGAUGCUGGCAGAGGCGAGGGCGCGACUGGCCAACACCCAGGGGAAGAAGGCCAAGAGGAAGGCAAGGGAGAAGCAGAUGGAGGAGGCCCGCAGGCUGGCAUCUCUCCAGAAGAGAAGAGAGCUGAGGGCAGCUGGGAUUGGUGGAGGGUCACGGUACUACCGUCCAAACCGCAAGCGAAGGAUGAUUGACUACAACGCAGAGAUUCCCUUCGAGAAGCAGCCGCCCAUCGGGUUCUUCGACACGUCGGAGGACGUUGCCAUGGACGAAAGACACAACUUCAAGAGACUGAGGAGAGAGGACGUGGAGGGAGUCCGGAGAGAUGUGGAGGAGGCCAAAGAGAGGAAGAAGGACAAAGAGAAGCUGCAGAAGAAGAAGAAGGAGGGAGACCUGUCCAUGCAGAUCAACAAGAUGGCCAAUCCGGAGGUGGCUAAGAAGAGGAGUAAACUGGUUCUUCCUGCUCCGCAGAUAUCUGACAAUGAGCUGGAGGAGGUGGUAAAGUUGGGAUUGGCAUCUGAGGAGGCUCGAACCAUCGACGGCAGUGAAGCCUCGCUACAUCUGCUGGCUGAUUACUCCGUUACUCCGGGGGCUACCCCGUCACUCCGUACCCCGAGAACUCCGGCUGCCCAGGACACCAUUCUACAAGAGGCACAGAACAUUCUGGCCUUACAGAACGUCCAAACUCCGCUGAAAGGAGGGGAAAAUACUCCACUCCGUGAUUCCGAUUUCGACGGAGUUACCCCGAAGAAGGCGGUGGUGCAGACCCCGAACGUGGUGCUGGGGACUCCGUUCCGUACGCCCGGUACUGGCGGUCCCGGUUCCACGCCACGGAGCAUGACUCCUCGUGUUGGGGGCGUGUCCGGCAGUGCCACACCCUCUGCGGGUUACAUGACCCCGGGGCAGACUCCAGUGAGAGACCAGCUCAGUAUUAACCCCGAAGACACUGUGGCUACUUACAGCGAUCCACGGCAGCAGCAGUACGAGCUGAAGGCCCAGCUGGUGGAGGGACUUCGUUCUCUCCCUGCUCCCCGCAAUGACUUCGAGAUCGUAGUCCCCGAGGAGCAGCAUCUGGAGCACAUGGACGACGACGGAGAGGGGGCGGGGUUUGUGGAGGACGCGGCCGACAUUGCGGAGAGGAAUGCCAAGUUGAGGAAGGAGGAAGAUGAGGAAAAAAGGAGUGGAGACGCCAGCUCGCAGCGGGCCGGUUUCACAAACGCCACUCCCACGGGACCGGGCGACUGAAACACAGCCACCUCAGAGGAAGACUCCUCACAACGCCAGCGCCGAAGAAACAAGACGCUCUUUUAGGGAGAUGCAGGAAAGGCUAGGAGAGGAUUUAGUGAUGCGUUUGUGCGGUACGGACCUCAUCACGACACCACCCCUCCUACAGGACCGACUAAGGCCGUCUUGAAUAAGGUGAAAGCCGACUUGGAGGCUGGUCCAAAAGAGAGUGUCACCGAGAACGAGAUGGCUGCUGCUGACGCCCUCCUGAAGCAGGAGAUGCAAGUGGUGAAGGUGGGUAUGGGGCACAAGGAGCUGACUGGGGCAGAGUACAGUUCCAUAUGGGAGGAGUGCUAUAGGGAGGUGGUGUACGUACCUUCACAGAGCCGCUACACCAGGGCUUCCCUCUCCAGGUAUUGAACCAUGUGAUAGAAAUGCGUUCUAUUUCAUGCAACUUUGAGUUACUAUGCAUUGAGUAGCCAGCGUUGAAUAUACCAACAACGUAUUUCGUGACUCAAAACUUGUCUUGAAUGA